CGCCCUGCAGGGUAGUACAGGUUUGUGUGCUCUCUCUCCCACAGACUUACACGCGCACACACAAGCUCAACACUCACCAGGGCGCUGCUUUUCGAAGAGCUUUCGUCAACUAGUGUGGACUCUUGAGGGGCAAGAGUUCCUUUCUGGAAUUCUCCUCCUUUGCUGAAGAUUCCACACGCACACACAAGAGCUCCAGCCCGUAUCCGCCGCUCAAGGAGAGAGCCUGACGAGCCCCAGCAAGCCAGCGGAAGAGCGCGGCAUCUUGAAAAGGAGCUGAGGGAGACCAGGCUCUGACCGUGGGAGAUUCGACCAGCCCUAAUCGGCAUCGGAGUCCGCCGGCGGCUUUCUUAAAGGGAGCUGCCACUGUUAACCUCUGGUGCUCGAGGCCAUUGAGCCCGACUGAUGUGGAAUGCGACCCUUCCUGACCCUGUGAGACGGGCAGUCUUUCAGUGAAGGAGGCCUGGACGAACCGAGAUAAUAGACCAGAAGAAGAGGAAUAAAAGGAAGAGAAGGGGCAGCAGAAAGGCCAAUAAGAAACUUUUAGAGCCUGGGAAGAAAAGUAGAGAAUACCGGAGCCCCCUUUGAAUUGGGACAUUUCUGAGCACAAAAAGGACUUGGGUCAGCCAACCCCCCAUCCCCUCUCCAGCAUGCCUGUUGAAACCUUGCGGCCCUCGGACGGGCGCAUGGCCGGCGCCCCCUUCACCUCCGCCAUGCCCUUCCGCAUCCUCAACAAGGGACCCGACUACUUCCGGCGGGCGCCGGAGGCCGGGGCGCGCAAGCCCAGCGCGGUGGAGCGCCUGGAGGCCGACAAGGCCAAGUACGUGAAGAGCCAGCAGGUGGCCAGCACCAAGCAGGAGCCGGUGAAGCCGCCCAUCAUCCGCAAGCCCCUGCUGUCGCCCAGCAUGAUGCUGCAGUGCCAGAUCAACAGCCCCCCGGCCCGCAAGGUCCCACGCCGGCCCGGGGAGGCGGAGGGCAGCUGCGGUGCCGGGCGCAGGGGGGCGCCCCUCAACUUGGAGAUCCUCAACAACCUCAUCAACGUGUGCGACGUUCCCCCCUCCUCCCCCUCGGCCCUGUCCGCGAGCAAGAGCAAGCCCGCCCACGGCCUGGAGAGGAAUCUCCAGCAGCGCACCGGCAACUCUUCCUCCUGCUCGUCCUCCUCCUCCUCUCCGCUCAACAGACAGAUGCCGGACGACCAGAACCAGCGCCCCCCUCCCGUGCCCGCCCGGGCCGUGAGGAUGGCGGUCCCCAGCGGGUACGGCUCCCCGGGGAGCGGCUCCCCCAACACAGUGACGGUGCGCCGGGUGGACGUACGGCCUCAGGAGGUGCGGAAGCCGCAGAGGACUCCGCUGCAGCCGCAGCCUCCCAAACGGCAGGUGGCCCAGCCGCAGGCGCCCCCGCCCCAGCCCCAGCCUGCCGCACCAGCUCCCGCGCAGGCGUCCCCGGUCCCCGCCGUCCCGCCCCCUCCCCUCCCGCAGUCCUGCCUGCCCUCCAGCCCCCUGCUUCUGCGCAGCAUGAUCCCGCCGGCCUCGCCCGCCUUCACCCGCCUGUCCUCCACCAGCUCGCGCAGCUCCCGGCGGGACGGCCCGGGCUCGGUGCGCAAGCACCCGUCGCUGCACCGCUCCAAGUCGGACCUGAGCGACCGCUACUCCCGGGCCACGGCCGACCUGGAGCGCUUCUUCAACUACUGCGGGCUGGACCCGGAGGAGGUGGAGGGCAUGGGCGUGGAGCACUUCACGCGCGCCAACUCGGACAUCGUGUCGGUGUCGAAGCUGCGCAGCGUCAGCACGCCCAGCUCGGAGUGCGGCGCCCCGUCGCAGCACAGCCGCCCGGGGCAGGACGACGAGGCCCCGCCCGCCGAGCGCGCGCCCUACGGCAUCUCCGUCAUCGAGAGGAACGCGCGCGUCAUCAAGUGGCUGUACGGCAUCCGUCAGGCGCGCGACGCGCACAGCGUCUCCAACGUGUAGCCCCCCCCGCCCAGUUCCCCCUGUCAUCAGCUGGAACAGACCGCAGGGCGCCAAGGGAACAAGAGACUCACUCUUUCCUACCUAUUUUUUUUUUUAAUUUGUUAUUUAUUAAGUGAUAACCUCUCGGACAUUCAGAAGCUCAAAGUUGUAUAUUUUCUUUUGUAUAUUUGUGUUGCAAGACGGAGGGAUACGUUUAUUUUUCUCUCACCUUUAUGUUUAGUUCAGUGAUGUCCAGUUUCCAUUUAGGCUCGCUUUUGAAGCAGAAGUCUUUGUCGCUGAGGAACUCUGGAGCACUUCCUCACAGCGUGUGACGAUGACUGCUAACCUCAAGAGAAACAAACAAACUGAACUCUGUGCAAAAAGCUGGGAAAAGACUGGCAAUGAAAGCAAUAAUGAAGAUGCUAACGAUCAGUGAUAGUAGCGCAAUAGGUACUGAAUCAACGUUGAAAGGGAUACAAAGCCUUCAGCCCAGUAAGUGUGAACAACUUGCUGUGGAGAGAGAAUGAAUGUUCUUGUCUGGAAACAAUUGCCUUUGAGCAGUGCGGCUGUUGGGUUCCCUACCCAAGUGUGGGCCAGGUACUGCUGUCUGUUUUGAAGCAAGUGAUCGCACAUGAUUGUGUAGAUUAGUGGAGGAGGAAAGAGGAAAAAAACCCAAAAGGAUACUGUGAACAAGGGUCAGUUUCUAUAGACUCACUUUUUUAACCUGGGGCUUAGACUGUUAAUGCAGUUUAUGUUGCAGUUGCAGUGCAAGUGUGCAUGUGUAUUCUCCAAGUAUGUCUGGAAUGUCAUUUCAACAAAGCACAAUCUCUUCGCAUGAUGACUUACACACACAGACAGACACACACACACUCACACACACAAACACAGACGUGCACACACACUCAGUUCAUGUCCCAAAAGUUUAAGGUUAUUUUUGUAGACAGUUUCUGAAAGAGGCAACCUUGUGUUCGCUGUUUGUUUUCCUGUGAGUGGUUCGGCUUUGAGAGAGUGUCAUGUAAUGUCGUAAACAGGUGGCUGACGUAAGUAGUUGAAGUGAAGAGGAGGGUCGGGGACGGGUGGGGUAGCCGAGGACCGUGGCUGGAGAGCAGGUAUGAGUCUGUUCAGGUUAGAGUGUGACAGUUACACACCCUUGUAACCCUGAGGGCAGAGAGGAGGCCAGGGCUGAGCUGCAAGUUUGAGAGGCAAUAGAAAGGGAUAUAAGCUUGGAAAGAAUUUGUUGUGGCAACACAGAAAGGGAGUUUUGAACUGUUUUGGUUCUGUUGAAGCGCAAAUGUUAAAUGCUGUCAUGGGAUGCAUUUUAAUGCACAGUGUUGUAUGCUUGAAUUGAUUGUGUUGUAUGAUCCCAAAAGCAUGCAUACACAGACCUCCACAUGCUCACAAGCACAAACACAGGCACAGGUAUGAAUAAAGGAAUAUGACUUACAUAUGUACUGUAUGCAAGAACAAGUGUGUGGAUGUGUAUUCUCUGAUCUGUGAGGAGAGGAGAGGCUUUAUUUCACCUGGAGAGAUGGGGAUAUUCUUUGGGGACUUCAUGUUCGUUGUUGUACCAGCUGUUUAAAGUUCAGAUGCGUAUGUGUAACUGCAACUUUGUGUUGUCAUUACAUGUCAAUAAAGA